AUGAAUAUGUUGGAUGAUGAAGAUGACCAAAGCUUUCACGCUACGCGUGACGGCUACUCCCAUUUGAGCGAUGUCGAAUGGGAUGCGGUUGAACGAAUGGGUUCGACCAUGGGCAUCCAUGCUGUUAGCGUCAUGCUAGAGGCUCUCAAUAGAGAUGCCCAACAUGCUACUAUCGCCAAGUUCAUUCAAAAUGAACUUGACGCAGAACGCGAGAAAGUAGCCUUGCUUCACCAACAAGGUUCUCAACAAGCAGAGUUGUUGAGAGAACAGGGUGCUCUACAGUUUGAACUGUUGAGACAGCAGCAGGCUGCUGCUGGUGGGUCGAUGCACUCGCGUCGACCCGAAACCUUGAAGAUUGACAUCUCCAAGUAUAGGGGGGUCGAAGAAGACUCCCUCUUGAGAUGGUUCGUCGAAUUGGAUGACGCCAUAAGGGCGCGUCGCAUCGACGACGGGGAUAUGCAAGUUGCAUUUGCCCAGUCAAAUCUGGCAGGACGUGCCAAGACUUGGGCACUGGGGCUCAAGUUGCACGACCCAUAUGCGUUUGGGUCGUUGGAAGUCUUCAAGUCGCGGCUCAGACAAACGUUUGAACCGCCUAGAGCUGAGUUCAGAGCUCGAACCGAACUCUUGAAGCUCACGCAGGGUAAGCGUGAUGUGCACGCUUACGCUCAACAUAUACGACAUCUCACGAGUUGUAUAAGUUCCAAUCCGGUGGAUGAACACACGUUGGUUUCGGUGUUCAUGCAGGGUCUUGCGGAUGGUCCCGUCAAGACUCACCUGUUCCGGCUUGAACUAGAUUCACUAGAACAAGCCAUUUCCAUUGCGGAGUAG